CACAUCUGUGACGUUAAACUUUAAUGGCGGUGUGAGAGUCAAUCGAGUUCGCAACUUGUUUGGUUUUGUGCGCUUGUGUUUCGGUGUUUUCCUGUGAAAUUUGUCGCCAAAAACUGCGAUUUCCCGUGCAAAAUGUCCGCCAUGGAGAAUCGCGACGAAGUGCUACAGUUGCUGGAGCGAUUUACGCGUCUGAAACAGAAGGAAAUCCCCCGGGAGCUGGAGGACUAUCUGAGCUUUGUGGCUCGAACCGGCGACACCGUGUACCCGUGGGCAGCGGUAAAAUACUUCUUCCGGACCAAGCUGAGCCAUGUCAUAAUGGAUUUCCACGACAACACACCGAGCAUUGCCGAUUUGCCAAAAUGUCCCAAUGUUGAUCCGUUCUGUUACGAUCGUAUGAAGCGGACCUUGCUGAGUCGAAUGGAAUCGUUCAAUUCCGCUCCCUUCACCAUUCAGCGGAUCUGCGAACUGUUGAACGAACCGCGCAAACAUUACACCCGGAUCGAUAAGUUCAUGCGGGCCGUCGAGAAAAAUAUUCUGGUGGUCAGCACACAGGAACCAGGACGAAGAAGAUCCGACAGCGAAAAUGGCGACUCACUGGAUUCAAUCGUCAACGGAGAUCUGGAAGUCAAUGUGGACAUCGAAAUGGAUAACGAAGCAUUCGGAAUCGAUACCGGCGAGAUGGCCCCCGCUGCAGGUGUGGCGGCCUUAGGUCCCUCGGUAAAUAUCACAACCCCGGCUCAUGCAGAAGAAGUGCCGCCAACGAUGGAACCAGAAGCGGAAGAACAUGAUACGGAGAAAGAACAGGCGCCUGAUGAUGAACCAAAAUUAGCUUGUUCCGAUGGAAAUGAGGACGAUUUGAAACCCGACGAAACAGUUCCGCCGGAGGUCAAUGGAAGCGACAAACAUGAAUCCGAAACCACAGUAGAUGCUCCCGUUCCUACUGAUCCCGUUGAUGUGCAGCACAGUGCUUCGGAAACUUCCCAGCUGGACCAACCCACUGUAACACCUACUACAGAUGUGGUUGACCCAGUUGCAGAUGUGGUCCAUGAACAGGAAGAACUCGAAGAACCAGUAACCUCAGAGCAGCCAACGAGUUCGAUCGAACCAGUUCCGGAAUCUCUUGACGCCAGCAAAUCUCCUGAACCGACCAUCACCCUUCCGACGGAAACCGAAAGCCAAACAGUUGACGACGGGGAGCCAAAAGCUAAAAUGGCCAAGCUGUCACAAGAAGAACCCGAAGAAGCCGAAACAAUCGCACCACAACCCAUAACAGAGGAACCGACUGCGGCAGCAGAAUCGGCAGAACCUGUCACUGCUGCCCUCGUCGCCACGUCAACCGAAGAGCUCUCCGAAUCCGACGUUGUCUCAGUUUUUGCAUCGUCCGAAUCGCUUCAAACAGCGGAAUCCGAUACAACCAGCACCAGCUGUAACAUCUCCUCGGACGAACCCGAGGCAUCGAGUGCUAUCUCUAUUCCAAGCACGACAUCGACUGAUUCCAAUCAGGACACGUCUCCGACGACCGUUGAAGAUGUUGCGCCGUCAGUUCUGGAAACCCCUGCAGAACUGGAACAAUCCGAAGCUGACGAAUCAGCAAACCAAGUGGAAUCCGCUGAACCCACCCCUAGUGAACCCUCCGAAGCCGUUUCCACCGAGGAAGAACAGCUGAUCAAAACCACUGUCCUUGAAACACCGGAGGAAGUUCCGGAACAACCUCAACCAACAGCCCAGGUCGUCGCUGAUGAAAUGGAAACGGUUCCGUCUGGCGCUACUACUGCUGCUGCGGCUGUGGUCCCGGAAAACGUAAUGGCCACCGACGAUGAGGACCAGCCAGUUGUCCCCAUGGCGGCCGAUGCCACCGAAACGACGUCCAAACCGGACGAAAAUGCGAUGGACAUUGACGAAUCCAGCGUAGAACCGAUGGAUCAAUAAGGUCCUCCCCUGAAAUCCAUUACAAAUUUCGUUUUUUUUUUAAGGCAGCUGCCCAAGGAGCUGCAACAACACACCCCUAGAGAGAAAUCAGAUUCUCGACCACAAAACUGCGCUGUAAGUAUUCUAAAACACAGGACACAAACUUAAAGAAUAAAAUAAGUUGAAGUUGGUAUAUGUAAGUGCUGACCUGAUUUC